AUGUACGGGACUGUGCAAAAUGGUCGCUUUUAUUCCGAACAAAGUUACUCGCAAUAGUUUUGCGUUUGUUGCGGUAUCGAACAUUAACCGUUUAAUUCUAACGAAAAGUUAUUUUAACGUUGACGUAGUUUUCAUUAUAAUUCGAAGCUGAUCGUCAAAUGUAAUCUUGUUGCGUCAAAAGUAACGUGUGUUUGAACAAAUAUUGGUGAUUUUAUAUGGCCGAGAAAAUAAAGUUUUUAUACAAACCUACAAUCAAUUGAUUUGUAGGGAAAAUAUAUUUAUCAUUGAUCUUAUAUUUUUUCAUAUUUUUAUUUGUGACUCGUUCAACAGCAUUAUUUGUUUCUUUAUUAGAGAGUCACCUCAAACAUGAAACAACCACCAUUUCUUCUCCAUAAGUCCCUCGACUGCGCAACAUUAUCCUGAAAUAUAAUACAUUCUAAUAAAAAUUCCUGUAAUACACGAAGAAAAGUAAGAAACGUUUCACGUUUAGACACUGUACGACCGUAUCCUCGCGGAGGACCAAAAUUAACCCUCGGCAUUUUAUUUGCAGGAGAAAGAGCACAGAGAUCGAGCACGUCAAACUUUUCCUCUGGCCGGCCGGAGUCACGCGGAUUUGAUGGUGGAAGAAGGCGGCUGAUCGGUAUACCACCACCAUUAUCCACGAGCAACCACCACCACCAGCGCGAGCGUGGUCCACCACCAUCGUUCGGUGAUCGUGAACGCGAGAAUGGUGGUGGCCACGCGAUAUAG